AUCACAACACACACACACAGUUCCCGACCGUAUAUACCUAUACAUUUCGCCAAUUUAUACACGUUUUAUGUGGAGAGAAUUAUUCGUGACGUCAUAAUUGCCAAAAUGGCCGCAGCUUGUUGUGUAGCCGCAAACGUGAAGGCCGUGUUUCUCGUUCUACUGAGUGCGUUUGCAGCGCAGGGUUCCUCGCGCGGACCAUGCGACCCUCUGACGCCGGAGUACUGCCAGCUUCCCUGGCCCAACUCGUUUUUCACGCGACCAGACGCGGCCGCGGCGACAGGACUGCGCGUCAACAUGUCGCAGGAGACGUGGCCCAGGGACUCGACCGGACGAGGCGUGGAUCCUGUGGAAUGGAACACGAUGGAUGGGUUUUCACCAUUUCCCUCAAUCAUGACCUACUUCCCCGGCCUGAGUGACUCUGGCCUGCCGCACCACUGGGACAUGGAGACCUCCCUCGAUAUCACCAGCCCUACCAUUAUUAUGGACUUUGACUCAGGUGAAGGGAAUUCCUUGGGGAGAUCCCCUAAUUCCUUAUCCUCUAACUCUGUUAUGUAACGUGCCAUCAUCACUGGGAAACAGGAGAGGUGCUGCCCCACUUUGCUGAGCUGGACUCUGCUCUAGGAGUGAGUUCUCAGAAUGGGCAAAGGGAAACAACGCACCUAGCAACACUAACGCAGAGGGAAAGCAAGCUGGGUCUGUACUAUAAUCUGGUACUCUUUCCAGCUAACAUCACUCUUCUCGAGUAAGAUUCAGUUUGCAUUAGUGUGAAUCUGGCCUGGCAGGGCAGCUCUUCGAGUAAUGGGCAAUCGUAAUACUACCUACACACUCACUACACUCAAAAGGAACAGGGUAGGCAGUGGCAUGAAGUGGUUCUUCCCAACUUAGCAUUUUCCAGUAACUGGGCUCAGGAAUGGUAGUCUAGUGCCCCCACCUAUGUAUGUAUAAGUGAAGUGUACACUGCCUGCUAUAGUAGUUGUUAAGGGAACUCUAUAUACCAGCUGUGGUUGGCUGCUAUGGAUGGCAACAUUCCUAAUUGGCAUUUCCUCUUUGCAUAACACACCACUGUCUGCUAGCCAGCGGUAUGAAUUAUUCAUGUAAAUUCAUGCUAAUCAUGAGA